AUGGUCACUGAGGCCCUUAAGGCCUAUGGUCACCCCGAUAUGACCCUGCACUUUGUGUCCAACAUCGAUGGCACCCACAUCGCCGAAGCGCUCAAGAACUCCGACCCGGAGACCACCCUAUUCCUGAUCGCCUCCAAGACCUUCACCACUGCCGAAACCUGCACCAAUGCCAACACGGCCAAGUCAUGGUUCCUGGAGACGGCCAAGGACGAGUCGGCCAUUGCCAAGCACUUCGUUGCUCUUUCGACCAACGAGGGCGAAGUCACAAAGUUCGGCAUUGACAAGAAGAACAUGUUCGGCUUCGAGUCAUGGGUCGGUGGCCGCUACUCCGUGUGGAGUGCCAUUGGCCUGUCCAUUGCGCUGUACAUCGGCUACGACAACUUCCACCAGUUCCUGGCCGGUGCCAACGCCAUGGACAAGCACUUCCGUGAGGCUCCACUCGAGCAGAACAUUCCCGCCAUUGCCGGUCUGCUGAGCGUGUGGUACAGCGACUUCUUCGGCGCGCAGACUCACCUGGUCGCUCCGUUCGACCAGUACCUGCACCGCUUCCCUGCGUACCUGCAACAGCUCUCGAUGGAGAGCAACGGCAAGGCAAUCACACGCUCGGGCGAGUACGUCAAGUACACGACGGGCCCGAUCCUGUUCGGCGAGCCGGCUACCAACGCCCAGCACAGCUUCUUCCAGCUGCUGCACCAGGGCACCAAGCUCAUCCCCGCGGACUUCAUCAUGGCCGCUGAGUCGCACAACCCCGUCGAGGGCGGCAAGCACCAGCGCAUGCUGGCCUCCAAUUUCCUGGCCCAGUCCGAGGCCCUGAUGGUCGGUAAGACCCCCGAGGAGGUCAAGGCCGAGAACGCCCCCGAGAACCUCGUUCCGCACAAGACCUUCCUGGGCAACCGGCCCACCACCUCCAUUCUGGCUCAGAAGAUUACCCCGUCCACCCUGGGUGCUCUGAUCGCCUACUACGAGCACGUCACCUUCGUCGAGGGUGCGGUCUGGAACAUCAACUCCUUCGACCAGUGGGGUGUUGAGCUGGGCAAGGUCCUCGCGAAGAAAAUCCAGAAGGAGCUGGAGACUGACGGCGCGGGUGCCGACCACGAUGCCUCGACUAGCGGCCUGCUCCUCGCGUUCAAGCAGAAGGCCAAACUGGCGUAA